ACAGCAGCUUCAGUCUGAAUCAAAUAUGGAAUAUGGCCUAUUGGCCUUGAGGGGAGCCCCACCUCGGUGGAGCCUAAUUUAAACCCAUAUCCUCCAGACCACAACAGGUGCCCCCCUCCUCCACUCCCUUUACGCUCCACCUGUCUUCUCUUCUCCGUGGCGGGCUGGCGAUCCAGCAAGGAUCCGUCAGUCAUUACAAAUGGCGUGCCGGCCCCCUAAGUCACCGGAUCGGCGGCAGCUGCUCGACCCCCAGAGCUAUUUUCACCCUCAGGAUAAAGUGGUGUUCAGCGAGCCGCCUGCACGGCCCAGCAGCUCCAGUCACGCCGCAGCAGAGCCAGGAUGAAGUCCACCGGCGGCGAGCGCACCGUGCAGCCAGACUGCUUCACCUCAGACCUGGAGGACCUGGACAGCGCCAGCAACAGCUCCGACGGCGGCUGCACGCCGCGCAGGGAGCCGGGGCAGGUGGUCCAGGAGGAGGGAGCCCCGAAACGAAGAAGGAGACGGAGGAGGAGCAGCGGAGGAGACGCGUGUCUGCCCGGCGUGAGCAAACAGAGGCAGGCGGCCAACGCGCGGGAGCGGGACAGGACGCACAGCGUGAACACGGCCUUCACGGCGCUCCGCACGCUCAUCCCCACCGAGCCCGCCGACAGGAAGCUCUCUAAGAUCGAGACACUGCGCCUGGCCUCCAGCUACAUCUCCCACCUGGCCAACGUGCUGCUGCUGGGGGAGGACUGCCUGGACGGACAGCCCUGCCUGCGCUACCAGAGCAUCCUGCACGGCCCCGCCGCCCUCACCGCGCCCUCCCUGCGGCCCAUCUGCACCUUCUGCCUCAGCAACCAGAGGAAGCUGCUCAGAGAUGGAGCGAAACACUCGACUGCUGUGUGAAACUUCUUGGCACCAGACAGGCGGGGAGUCCACCAUACCGUGGCGUUGUUUACAUGUAGGACUUUGUACAUAUAUAUAUAUGAAUAUAAAUGUCUUUAUUUUUGGACGAGACGAGAAAACUAAGGACAGAUUUAAACACUGAAAAGCACUUUCUGUUCACGCUCAUGUGCUUCUGGAGCCUCUGUGUUUUGGUUGAACUGUAACCUGAGCCGAUGUGUAAAGUAGCACCUGACGUGGGGCUAUUUUGGUCCCACUAAUAGUACAAACUACCCCUUGGACACCCCACCACCCCAUGUCUGACCUCUUUAAAAAAAAUAAAAUAAAAUAAAAAAUAUAUAUAUAUAAAUAUAAAUAUAUCCUCAUCACCUUCAGUCACAUGAAGGAAAUUGAAGAGCAGCUGCUGCAGUGGUUGCUGUCAGUUCAGUGUUACCUUGCGCUUUAAAGGGGCAUUAACUGAUGUGUUGCCUCUAGUAGUGAACAGUGGGAACUGCAACAAUGCUCACGUACAUGUGAAAACAAACUGCACGUCAAUAUCUCAGGACUUUAAUCCCCCAGAUGUACAACAGUCAGUGAAGAUGUUGAAAUUUACACACUGGAUUGCACUGCUGUUUCCUUACUCCACUCUUCUUAUGUCUACCUGGUUAAUUUUUGACUAUAUUUUUUGUAAAGUGAAAAUGUCCCAAGAAAACCUUAUAACGAGUUGAUCCCAGCAUGCAAAGCACUCUGGAAAAUCCUUUUGUUCCUUCCCAAAUUCCUAAAUGCCACCAUUUUAACAGAUCACAUGGAGAAAGCCCUGUCUCCUAAAGGAAAAGUGGUCUGUUAUUCAUUUGUUAUUUUACAAUAAUAGACCAGAUUAUCUGAGUAGUAAUGAUCUGAGUAUGAGGAUGUGUAUCCCACCUCUCAGCCUAUGGUAGCUGGUAUAGAUUCCAGCCGACCCACAACACUGAAUUGGAUGAGCACACAAGAAUGGAUGGAUCAGUACUUAAAAUUUGCAGAUCCUGAAGAAAGGGUAUAUUUACUGUAUCUGAAGUGUCAUGGAUUGGUGCAUCCCCAUAGAAUAGGUCAGUAAAAAGAUAGAGCUAUCCUUUUCAAAGUUUUUGUGUUUCAUCAACAAGCUGCCAUCAGCGCUGGUGACCGACUGAUGGUACUUUGUUUGCAUUUGGCUUUUGAGAAGCAGUCCACAUUCACAGAGGGAAAACCAUCUGCAAGCUUCAGCUGCAAACGUUAUUUGGUAGCUUCUCCCUUAGACAUCAGUAAUACUAGCUUUGGCCUAGCAGCUUUGUAAUGCCAAGCUUUAUUUUUUGGGGGGGGCACUGAAAAGAAUUAUGAAUGUGGACUAAAGUCAGACUCUGCAGUUUGUUUUGCUGCCAUCUUUCCAGGACAAAGUACUUCCUUUGUGGGAUAAAAUAUCCCAUUAAAUACAAGAGUGUUGUUUAGUUCUAUGCAAACUUAGUGAAGGAUCAGUUGAGUUAUUUUCAGCGUGCUUUGCAUAAUUUCACAAAGUUGGGAGGUUAAUUCCAGUUAAUCUGGAUACACUUAGAUACUGAACGACAUUUAGCAUUAAAACGGUUCCCUGAAAUAAGCAGUGUGUUCCUAAUUUGAAGGUCCAGUUGGAAACUUCCUGGUAACUGUAUCUGCGUCAGAAGUUAUGUUUUUGGCCUGAUUUCAAGAUAAAGUUCUCUGCGUAAAUGUUUACUUUUGCAUUGUUGCACAGUUUCCUCAUCACUGUAAAAACACUGUGCGAUAGGCUUCCUUUUGCUCUAAAUUGGAGCAUAUGUAAUCCUUUCUCAAUAAGCUGGAUCCCUCGAUAUUUAUUGUUCCAGCGCUAAACUAUGUUUGGGAGCUGUUGCACACUACCUCGUACCUGUGUUUUGAAAUAUAAAGGCCUACCUCUAAAUCCAAUAAGUAAGAAGUACUUGAAUACCUGACAACUUGUGUUCUUUGCACAUCGCACAUACUGAGAAGCUGC